AUGUCGGCGAAGCUGGAGCCAGACACCCUCAGUUACAAUAGUGGAAUCAGCGCGUGCGAAAAAUGUACGGAGUGGGAGCACGCGUUGUGGCUACUCGGCGAAGCGUUGGAGGCGAAGUUGGAGCUAACCAUCAUCAGCUACAACGCUGGAGUUAGCGCUUGUGGAAGAAGUGGGCAGUGGCAGCGAGGUUUGUCGUUGCUGUGUGAGCUCCGCGCAGCGAUGCUGAAGGCGGACGUCAUCCAGUUCGUUGCUCAGCGCAUUUGGAGACGGCGGACAGUGGCAGCAGGCGUUGUCAUUGUUGUGCAGCUUGAGGGGGGCCACGGUGACGCCCAACGUAAUAAGCUACUCCGCUGCAGUAAGCGCUUGCGCGAAGGUCGGAGAAUGGCAGCAGGCGCUAUUGUUGCUUAG